ACCCAGUUCCCGGCGCAGGUGACGACCGCCGCAACGUGGGACAUGAACCUGUUCUACCAGCGCGCCGCCGCCCUCGCCAAGGAGUACGCCUCGGUCGGCGGCAGCCACCCGCUGUCGAUCGUCGUCGGCCCGCUCGGUCGCAGCCCGUACGGCGGCCGCAACUGGGAGGGCUUCACGGCCGACCCCUACUUGUCCGGCGAGGCGGUCCGUGUCACGGUCGAGGGCUUCCAGGACCAGGGCAUCGUCGGCCUCGUCAAGUGCUACUUCGACAACAACCUGAACCAGACGACCGACUCGAUCAUCGACCAGGCCACUCUGCACGAGCUGUACGUCUGGCCGUUCGCCGAGGCAAUCCGCAGCGGCUCGGGCGCCUUCAUGUGUUCUUAUAACCUUCUGAACGGCACCUCUGCGUGCGAGAACGAUGCCCUGCUUAAUCAACUCCUCAAGACCGAGCUCAACUUCAACGGCGGCGUCAUCAGCGACUGGGGCGCAGCUCACACCGCCGUCGGUUCGGCGCUCGGCGGCCUCGACUGGGUCGGUUUCUCGUCCGCGAGCGGCAACCAGUUCGGCGACAAGCUCGCCGCCCUCAUCUCGAACAACACGGUCCCCGAGGGCGUCCUCGACGACAAGAUCCUGCGCUGGUUGACCGGCUACUACGCCCUCGACCAGGGCUCCCUCCCGUCGAUCGACUUUGACCGCUGGGCGACGACGAACGAGUCGACCUCGGUCGCCCUCAAGCUCUCGCAGGAGUCGAUCACGCUCCUCAAGAACGUUCGCUCGUCGAACGACACUCGCGGCCUUCCCCUCAACAAGCCUCGGGACCUCCUCCUCGUCGGCUCGGCCGCCCGCCCGGCGCCGUACGGCUACAUCGCCAACCUCAACGCCGUCCCCUUCUACGCUCCGAGCAGCAACUACGAGGGCUGGAACUCGAACGGGUACGGCUCGGGCGGCUCGCCGCAGCCGUACUCGAUCGACCCGCUCAUGGCCUUCAUCGAGCGCGGCUCGAAGGACCAGAUCGCCGGCAUGAUCACGACCCAGCUCGGCACCAACAUCUCGUACCUCGACUCGAAGCUCGCCUACGCCAGCACGCCGGUCGUCUUUGUCACUGCCGUCGCGAUGGAGGGCUACGACCGCACGACCCUCAAGCUCCAGAACGGCGGCGACGAGUUGAUCAAGUACGUCGCCGAGCGCCACAACGACACGGUCGUCGUCGUCACUGCGCCCGGCCCGAUCGACAUGUCGAGCUGGCACGACCACGAGAACGUGACCUCGAUCGCGUACGCCUACUACUCGGGCCAGGAGGGCGGCCACGCCAUCGCGUCGGUCCUGUUCGGCGACGUCAACCCGAGCGGCAAGCUGCCGUUCACGAUCGCCAAGGACGUGUCCGACUACGACCAGGGCGCCUACUUCAACGGCUCGGUGUCGUACCAGCCCAAGGUCGUCUACGACGAGGGCGUCUUCCUCGACUACAAGUACUUCGACCACAAGAACGUCACGCCGCUGUACGAGUUUGGGUACGGCGGCUCGUACUCGUCGUUCGAGCUGUCGGGCCUCGCCGUCGCCGCCAACGCGACCGAGAACCCGGCCCCGGUCCGCGAGACGAACGAGAAGUUCUUCGUCGACGGCAAGAACAGCUCGAGCCUGUACGACAUCGCAUACACGGUCACGGCGUCGGUCAAGAACACGGGCGACGUCGCAGGAGCCGAGGUUGCUCAGCUCUACCUCUCGUUCCCGUCGGGUACGCCCAACAAGAUGCCUGUGCGCUCGCUGCGCGGGUUCGCCAAGCCGUUCCUCCAGCCGGGCGCGAGCGAGACGGUCACGUUCCAGAUCCGCAACAAGGACCUCGCCGUGUGGAGCGUCAAGCAGGGCGGCUGGAUCCUGCCCAAGGGCGAGUUCAAGCUCACGCUCGGCAGCAGCAGUCGCAAGGCGGCCGGCACUGCCACUUUCACCGUCUAG